CUUUUUUUUCCCUCGGUGGUCCAUCCCCCUCCUUUCGGGGGAGGAGGCCUGUUAAUGAAACACCACUUUUAUUGCGCUGUCAAGUAUCAGAAGCUCCAAGAAGCGGCCGAGAAGCACCAUCUUCUCAUGGUUGCGAAGACUUUCCCCCUCUACUUAACUUAUAAAAGACAACAGUUGACGGUCGUUGUGAAAACUUCUUCGGUCUUUCAUGGGCAGACGUUGUGUUUUGAAUUCGCGGUGAAACUAAAAUUCUGUCGAGAUGCAACUCAGGACAGUGCUUGACGUCAAUGUUGUGGAUGUGCAGAAGAGGAGGAAUCCCUCCAAACACUAUGUGUACCUUAUCAACGUGACCUACUCGGACUCCGCGUCUCAUGUGAUCUACAGGAGAUACAGCAAAUUCUUUGACCUACAGAUGCGGAUUCUUGACCAAUUUCCCAUUGAAGCAGGACAGAAGGACCCCAAAAAGAGGAUCAUUCCGUUUUUGCCAGGUAAGGUCCUGUUUCGCCGAAGCCACAUCCGAGAUGUAGCCGUCAAAAGGCUGAAGCACUUGGACAACUACUGCAAAGCUCUGAUGAAGCUCCCCACCCACAUUUCCCAAAGCGAGGAGGUUCUGAAGUUCUUUGAGACCAAGUCAGAGGACCUCAACCCUCCCACUGAGGAUUGCGGGGGCUCUGGCAGACGCAAAUCGGGUCUGGACGCCUCGGACCCUAUGGUCCUGGAACAGUAUGUGGUGGUGGCCAGUUAUGAGAAGCAGGAGCCUGCGGAAAUCAGCCUCCAAGCGGGUGAGGUGGUGGACGUCAUCGAGAAGAGCGAGAGCGGCUGGUGGUUUGUCAGCACCUCAGAGGAGCAAGGGUGGGUUCCCGCUACCUAUCUCAACUCUCACAGCGGCACACGAGAUGACUUGGAGCUCGCCGCCUCAAAAAGCGGGGAAGUCACUAAGCGCCACAAGGCCCACCUGAAGAGGCUGGACCGGAGAUGGACGCUGGGGGGUGUCAUCAGCCGGCAGCAGAGCCGAGAGGAGAAGUAUGUCACAGUGCAGCCAUACACCAGUCAGGGCAAAGAUGAAAUAGCCUUUGAGAAAGGAGCAGUUGUGGAAGUGAUCCAGAAGAACUUGGAAGGUUGGUGGUUCAUCAGGUACCAAGAUAAGGAGGGCUGGGCUCCAGCUUCCUAUCUCAAGAAGAUGAAGGAGGACCUUUCCCCCAGAAAAAAGACGGUGACCGGCCCGGUUGAGAUCAUCGGAAAUAUCAUGGAGAUCAGUAACCUGCUCAACAAGAAAGCCCCGGGCGACAAAGACGUCUGCGGCGAUGAGGUCACGGAGAGCCCCCAUGUGGCUCACAAGGAGAUCAGCUUACCGGUUCUGUGUUCGGACUCGGGCCCCGUUGGCACGCCUCAGGACGGCAAAGGCAGAACGGAGCAGGCCUCGCCAGCCGUGGCUCGCGUUGCACCUCACCGAGUGGAAAUCGGUUCCCCGGUUCUCAGGCAAAAACCUCCUCCUCGAAGAGAUGCAACCCUGGGAUUUCCUUUGCCCUCUCCACCGGAGCCACCUACAGUUGAAGCUGAGUAUUACACCAUUGCCGAAUUCCAGUCUUGUAUAUCUGAUGGGAUCAGUUUCAACGGAGGCCAAAAAGCAGAGGUGAUUGAGAAGAAUUCUGGAGGCUGGUGGUAUGUCCAGAUCGGCGAGCGGGAGGGCUGGGCUCCGUGCUCCUACAUCGACAAACGCAAAAAACCCAACCUCAAUCGUAGAACGAGCACGCUGUGCCGCCCCAAAGUGCCUCCACCGGCGCCGCCUGUCAAGAAACAGGACUCAGUGGAUACGGCGCCACCCAGCAGCCCCGGAUGCGAGGCUUCAGAGUCUCCCGUGCCUCCCGGAAAGCCCGUGUACGAAGAGCCAGAAUAUGACGUCCCGGCCAUUGGCGACCUGGAUCUGGAGUCUGAGUUUGAGUUCCUGAGAGGCGAAGCUUCCUUGGUGGAUGCGAAGAAUGAGGAAACAUCCUCCGAGAAGGGAUCCCAGCGGUCCUCCAAACCCUCUCCAGCGUCAUCGCUCCACAGUGCCUCUUUUAGGAUGUGCGAGUCAUUUGAAGACGGCCAAGAGGCAGAGGGCGAGGAAGAGUCCAUCUACGAGAACGACGGCUUCCGACCUGUCAAGGAAACACCGGAGAGGCAAUGCAGCCGUGACACCAGUUCCUCCAAGGCCAGCGUUUCAUCCGAAACUGGCAAGACCCCCAACCCAAAAUCAGGAGGAUGGAGGUCUGCGGCCAACAAGUUCAAGAUCAACUUGAACGGAAGCCAAACGUCAGCCAAAAGGGAGGAGGGGUCCGGAUCUAAAUCAGCCUCCAACGAGUCAACUCCGGAUAUGUCCAGACCCAAGAAAGACCAGGAGGAAAGCAAAGCAUCCCCCAACGCCAAGUCCUCCUCCAAACCUAAGCCGGUGGUGAGGCCUAAACCACAGCUGUCUAAGGCAUCCAGCGGUGAAAAGAUGGACAUCAGCACAUUGAGAAGACAGUUGCGACCCACGGGGCAGCUGAAGAACGGAAGCAAAAGCAAAGGCGAGGACUCCGAAACCGCCUCCGUCAUCUCCUCCGAAGACUCCUUCUCGUCUCAGAGCACAUCGUCCGAGUUCUCCUCCAUCUACUCCAAAGGCAGCCGCGGUGACUCGGACGCGGAAGGCUGCGUCCUCUAUCGGACCACCGACCCUUACAAGAAAGUACAAGAGUCGGAGCUGAGCUUUCCUGCCGGGGUAGAGGUGCUAGUCCUGGAGAAACAGGAGAGCGGCUGGUGGUACGUCCGCUGGAACGACUCAGAGGGCUGGGCCCCGACGUACUUCUUGGAGCCCGCACGGCAGCAGGAUGACGCAGCUGGUUCGGAAUCUGAUGGAACGCCAUCCAAACCCGGGAGCCUCAGCAAGUCCAAUAGUCUGGAGAAGAACGAGCAAAGGGUACAGGCCAUGAACAACCUCAAUCAGAACCUAAAGAAGGUCAUGCCGCCGAUCCCCUCCAAACCCCCCGGCGGUCUCUCCAAACCCACCGGCUUGUUCGGGUCACGUAAGCAGAACAGCGGCAAGCAGCAGCAGGUAGUCAGACCCCAAUCGGUCUUCAUCUCAACCCCCAUUAGGGAUAACGUGAGCCCUGUCGGUUCCCUCAGGAGAAACGAGUCCCUCAACUCCAGUAACCACCCUCGCGUCAGCCCCACGGUGCGUCGCAACGCCUCAUUCGGCACCGUGCCCCGCAGUCUGGCGCCCAACAACAUCGCCCUACCCAACCGGAAUCCGUCUGGCACCAGCAGCUCGGAGUUCCUGAGUGGCGGCCCCCAGAAGAAUGCUCUCCCGGUAUCCACCGUGAGGCCCAAGCCCCACAUCAUCCACAACAACCUCAGAGAGAUCUACGUCUCCAUCGCCGACUACCAUGGCGAUGAGGAGACGAUGGGCUUCCCGGAGGGAACCAGUCUGGAGGUUCUGGAGCGGAACCCCAAUGGCUGGUGGUACUGCAAGGUGCUGGACAGUGGCAAGCCCCGAAAAGGGUGGGUUCCUUCCAAUUACCUCGAGAGGAAGCCUUAGCGCGCACGGAGGUGGCAGAACUCUGACCGCAUUUUGGAAAGACUACUUACACGGACAAUUUGAUUUUGGACGAGAAGCCCAGGAAGUUCGUGAUGAAGCAAGAGGAGCAAAGCCAAGGAACGACCUAAAAGAGGAUCUUGAUGCUUCAUCGGUGUCCAACCUACCAGAGGUACAGUAAUCCCUCGCUAUUCACAAGGGACAGAGAUCGAGUCGUGCCCCAAAUAAAAUGUCUAAUGUACGCUAACUGAUUUUUUUUUUUUUUUUAUGUAAUGACCAAUAGCGAUACUACGACAACAAACGAGGGCUGUUAUAAUAUCCUUUUUAUUUUUUACCAAUGCCAGUAUGAGUAUUCAUCCUCUCUUUGAGAACUCACCGAUACUUCAAAUACUUCUAACAUCUAAAAUUCUAUUUACGCGAUGGUAAAAAAAUCGCAGAUGAUGAUUCGCCGAUAUGUUAAUCUGACAAAGUACAGCGCCAACUACUGCCCAGGAGGACUGUGGAAGACGGUAGCUUCCGCUUUAGUGCGCUAAUUAUGUGCUUUUGUUGCCCUCCUGGCGCACAGUCUUUGUGACUUCAGCUAACGACCCUGGCUAAACAUAGCUCCUCCCCAACAUAUAAAGUUAAUCUCUCAGUGGAGAUGUAUUACUACAACAUAGUUCCUUGAGACCAAAUGUACUACUUUAGGGAUUUAGCGCCAUCUUGUGCAAUCCUAAAAAUAGCGUGAAUAUCUUAGGCUAGAGUUCCUCCAAAAAACAUAACUACAAAGUGAAUUAGUGAACCGUGAAUAUGCGAGGGAUUACUGUCAUCAUUUUUGUAGAACUUUCUAAGCAUUUAAAGCUUACUGCAUGUUUGAUUUCAUUAUACUGACAAAGCCUUGAGCUGUUCGAACGCAACUUUUUUUUUUUUUUUUGCUGCUAAAAUGUUAGUCACAUCUUGGUGCUGGCUUCAUUGCAUGUUUUUAUAGCUUUAUUUUGUUGUACUGUAUGUCACCAUUAUGUAAAAUAUUCUAAGCAUUUAAAUGUCAUUUUGUGAGCAUCUCUAAUAAUAACAUUUGCUUGUAAUAAUAAAUGAUUCCCUUGAUGGUUUAUCAGAAAACAGAGGCCACCAAAAUCUGUAUUUAUUCUUUUUUUUUUUUUUUUUGGUUCCAUGACGAUUGACACAAUUGUUCACAACCACUUCACCCAUCUUCUCCAAUCCAUCCUGACGUUGAAAAAAAAUUUCUGCUGGGCAGUAAAUUUGACAUUUUUACUUGUAGUCUUAACUUGGAUGCUCGUUUUUUUUUUUUUUUUGGACUGUUUACGGUGUGACAAGCAACAAUAACUCAAGUGCCAGAAAAUGAAAAUAAAUGCACUUUUUAAACA